CCCCGAGGAAGUCAGUCACACACAAGUGAUCAUAUUCCUCUCAAAUUUUUGUUACCACACAUCACAUAAAAUGUCCGUCAUUGAAUUAGGAGAGUCUAUACCGGCGUUAACGCCUCAUGCAACAAGUGUGUCUCUUCCAGAAUGGCAGGACAACAUUGGAUACGAGGAGGGCCAAGAGAGGGUUUUGAGCAAGAUGGUGACAGGCUAUCCAAGAUUUUUUAUUCACAAACUUAUUACUGCAUUCGCGGAUGAUAUCGUGAAGAAGCAUGGCAAGACUGGCCAGCAGGCCAUGUUGUUCCCAUCGUCAAGGGCCGCGCGGAGAUGUGUGAAUUUCAUGCAAUCGAAAGACCAGUCAGGAACUUCCGACCACCUCCAAGUGGUCGACCUCGUGUUAGACAACAGCAGGGCAGAUUCGGAGACACUGAAGAAGAUUUCCUCCUCGAUAUCAGCUGUGAUCUACAAUAGAGAUCUGUUCCCUCUUGCGAAGCAGUACUGGCAACAUUCUGGAGACGGUGUUUCCAGCCGUCGGGCUUCAUUUUGCCAUGCUCUCUUCCAAGAAGGAAUCCUCGUGGAGCACACUGCACUCCAACCAAUCUCGAACAUUUUUCAGAAACCUUGCAAAGGCCCCCGAAGAUACCAAAGAGCAUCCAUCGACAAAACGCCGCCAAAAGGAAAUAAAGUGGGGGUAGAAAGUUCGGAAAAUCAUCCCGACUCACCACUCAAUGGCUCAACCGAGAGCCGCGAGAGCUCUCAAUUCUUGGAAGAGCGAUUCGGCCGCAAUCUUGAUGUUUCGUUUGUCGAGAAUGCGAAGUCCGCAAUUCGUCGGCGAAUUGCUGGUUCGCUCAUGGGAGAGGUGGAUCUUACAGAAGCACCAAGUCCGAAAAUGGACACGAAUGUGCGUGGGGUUGUCGGACUUUCUGAAGACGACGUAUACUUGUACCCUUGUGGUAUGAACUCGAUUUUCAACGCUCAUCGAAUGAUGUUGGAAGUCAGAGGCCCUAUGAAAAGCAUAAUGUAUGGGUUUCCUUAUGUCGACACACUCAAAAUUCUAGAGAAAUUUGGUCCUGGAUGCCUUUUCUAUGGUAAUGGUUCUUCUGAAGACCUGGACGAUCUCGAGAAACGGCUCGAAUCUGGCGAGAAGUUCCUGGCCUUAUUCUGCGAGUUUCCGGGGAAUCCUAUGCUCAAAUGCCCUGAUCUUCAGCGGAUUCGGAAGCUGGCUGACAAAUAUGAUUUUGGUGUUGUCGUUGAUGAAACAAUCGGCAAUUUCAUCAACGUCCAUGUACUCCCGUAUGCCGAUGUGGUCGUCAGCAGUCUGACCAAGAUAUUUUCCGGAGAAUGCAAUGUAAUGGGAGGUGGUUCUAUACUGAACCCUCGAGGUCGGUACUAUCAAGCCUUGAAAAGAGUGGCUUCCUUCGACUACGAAGAUAACUAUUGGGCAGAAGACGUUAUCUUCAUGGAACGCAACAGCCGCCAUUUCGUGUCUAGGAUCGAAAGAAUAAACGACAACGCGGAAACAAUCUGCAACAUCCUUCGAGCACAUCCACUUGUGAAGGCUCUGUACUAUCCAAAGUUCAAUGAUUCACGACCGUUCUACGACGCCUGUAGAACACCUAAUGGAGGCUACGGUGGUCUUCUUUCCUUCACUUUCCACACGAACGCCCAAGCCGUAGCAUUUUAUGACCGCUUAGAGACGGCAAAAGGACCAAGUCUAGGCACGAACUUCACCUUGACAUCACCUUACGUGAUUCUAGCACAUUUCCUGGAGUUGGACUGGGCUGCACAAUUCGAAGUUCCAGCCGAAUUAAUUCGAAUCAGUGUUGGUCUUGAGGAUGCAGACGAUCUCAAAUCCAGAUUCGCUGUUGCUUUGAAGGCUGCUGAGGAGUGCCAAUCUCAAUAAAGGUUUCUGGAACUAGGCACGGGGCAGGCGGAAUCAAAUUUGUAUGCGGCCGUGAGGAAUGCAUUAGCUGAUAAAGUCUGGGUAAAUAGGACUUACUUGAUACGUGCUAAAAGUUGUAGAAGUUUAUUAAACAACAAUGGACAGAGUUUUAAACUUGAGAGAGAAAAGCAGAACGACUAGUGGCUGCAUAGAUGACCUGAUUCUGAAUAAGCCAAUAGUGAUGAAAUGGAAG